AUGGAGCUACAAUGGCAUGCUUUUCACAUUCUAUUGAUGCUUUUUGCUGUCAAAGUAUUGUCUGAUGCCGUCUUGCCACCGAAAACCUCAUUCUUCGGUCUCGAAGGGGACACCAACCUCGGUCACAGCGGAUACGUCCGUAUUUCCACUGACGAAACGACCCCAGUCUUCGAAUUAUCGAGCUGUCAAAGUCUAGACAUCAACGAGUCAACAUGUCAUUUUGCCCACAAUCUCCCGAAAACUGAGAGCAAUCUCAUGGUGAUGCGGGCAUGGGUCGCCGCGACAAUUAGAGAUAACAUUCUUGGACUAUUAGGGUACUUGUUGCAUCAGCCUAACGACGAUAUCUUCCCGGAGGACACCUACUCCAGCCUGAGAAUCGUCUACGAAGAGGUUCGUAAGAAUAACAUCCGAACUAUGGACAUCCUCCCGCGAUUGAAGGGCAUCUCCAAAGCCAGUCCCACCGGCCAAAUCAUCGAUCUCCUCAAGGUUCUCCAGCUCGUUCUGCCCCCAUUCUGCAGAUCUGCGAUUGUCGAAAUUGUCCAAGCAUUCACUAAGAAUAAAAUCGCACUGAAGAGCAUCCUUUCCCCUGAAACGGAUGAUAAAGGAGUCGACGUAUUCGCUGACAUCGGUCUGCAAAUAAUUCCAUUUCUGCAUUCAAAAAGUACCAGACGAACUUACGAUAGAUCUGUGCACGCCGAAAUGGGAAAAGAAUUUGCCGUCUUUUUCUCCGCGAUUCAAGAAGGCGCAAUCGUUCUUACUCAACCAGUGCUCGCAGCUCUAAUGCUGAAUAUGAGAUUCACCGAAUUAUCGCCCGAGGAUAAAGAAGACUUUCGCUACUUGACGGAUGUUUUACGCGACAGUAAAAUUCCAGAUUGGUCUCCGGGUACCAUUGGUGCCGUCAACGUGAAAUCUCCUUACGCAUUAGUCGAAAUGAUGAUGAAAGCCAUCGCGAAUCGUCCACAGCUCGAUCCAACCGUGAAAGAUAUUGCUGAAAGACUCCAAAAUCGGCUGAGAAAAGUAUCAAAAUCCCAUCGCUCAAGGCUCAUGGAUCCCUUCUUCGAUAAAUCUGAAUUAAACAUUCCACUCUUACUGGAUGCUCUGGAGGAGGAGGCGAAGAUUCCAGAGGUGAAAACUUUUAAACAGAUGAUUAACGAUCGCAACUUGAGCCUGUCUUACGCGCUCAAGGGUUUCGUCCGGUACUUUUAUCCCACCCCGCGAGACUUAGUUCUCGGUUUUAUGAGGAGGGUUCAGGAUCGAGUGCCCAUGAAUAACGAAACGUCAAGCAUAGUUGCGAACAUCGUAUCGACAUUCCAUGCGCCGAUCGGCAACACCUCCAGUGAGGCAGGUGGUGAGCAUAAUGCGACCAAGACCAAACGAAGCAUCAGUCAAAGCAACCACUGCGAUCUCUGGAUUCCACCCCACCUGAAUGGGAACUCCCUGGGAUACGCUGACAGGCAGUGCAUCCACGGCAAGAACUGCUUCAGCAACCUGUUCGCAAAAAUAGCAAGCUCAUACCGAAGCAUCGAGCUUAAGGGAAAGAUACUCUGUCCAGAGGAGCCUCCGAAGAUGUCAUUGUCCGCUUGGGUAGAAAGCCUGAACACGCCUGCUAUCAACCCCAACAUAACGUCCCUCCUCGAGAACGUCAGCACCAUAUUAACAAUCUUCGUUAAAGACAAUGAGAUCAGAACCAUCAUCGAUGACAUUAUGAAUCAGCCCCCAUCACCCGAGGCAAAGCAACCACUAAACCAUCCUGCACAUGGAAAUCAUAUUCUGUUGAAAGAUUCAAUAAAGUCGGAGGGUAUUACAGACGACGCAGCAAACUCCCCUCAGACAUCGAUCGGAAACAAGAAGGACUUACUUUCCCGGAUUCUGAAAGGCAUGUUAAGUAUCAAGAAAGUCAGAGCCCGGAGAUUUGUGUACUACGAAGUCAUAAGGGUGUAUUGUAUAUUGAUUCAUGGCUCCGUCGAGCCCAUGACGCAAUCCUUUUUGGACAAGCUUCGUCUGGACGAUUCGCCGUUGAGCAAUAUCACAGAAUUUUUCGCUGAGAAUGUCAGUGCGUCUCUGAAAAGAAUCAUCAGUAACUUGACGGCUGAUGAGAGCGACUCGUCCUUCAAUCUGCGGGACUACAGGACAAAUCGUCUGUACCUAACUGAUCUCCUGAAGAGGAUUCUGCUCCUGGAGACUGUCAAGCAGGACAGCGAAGUCUUCAACGAAGUUGUGCAGCUGCUGAGACCCAUCCAAGAUCUUCGGAUAGAGUUUCCUCCCCUCAUGGGGAUGCCGUACAUAGAUCUCGUGUGGUCUUUCUUGGAGACACCAGGGAUACUUCAAAAAUUGGGAGAGGACUUUGACAUGGGGAGGUUCUGGACGAGAGGACGCUUGCUGCGAGGAAUCCUCGAAAAGUCGUUAACGACUUUAUUUGUCAGGCGUAAUGAGAGCUUGUCAAAAGCGAUUAAGAAUCAGAUACCGAGGGUUCUCUGCACUGAAGCGGGAGCGGAACCUGUGCGAGAAAUCCUUGAGGGGAUUACAACGGAUCAAGUGAAUGUAUACAAAAUUAUUCAGUACGGCUUGGAUAGACAGAAAUUAACAGCCGAUGUUCAAGAAGCCUAUGCUAACAUGUGGAACUGGUACGAUGGUUCAUUCGAGCCGUUGACACAUGUGAAACUAAUGAACAUCAGUUUGUACAAUACGAGAUCUGAUUUUCUCAGCGGUUUUCUUGGCAAAGUGGAGGAGAAAGUCGAGGAGGAUUUCAGGGGUAUGAGAGGUGACAUCAAGUUAAUGAGGUCUGCUAUUCUGAAGACUGGAACUGGAGCGGAACCAGUUGACUAUCUAUGAUUGACGUUGAGUCGUGAAGAAUGUUAUUAGAGGAGAAGGCAGCGGUGUAUACUACUGAAC